CAGCGGGCGACUGACGGCCGCAGCUCCCCAGGGGCAUGGCUCGCCUGUGCGUUUGCGUGCCCGUCGUGGCGACCGCGCUGCUGCUGCCGCUGCUGCUGCUUUUUGCCACUGUCUCCAGAUCCGCAGGCCCGAGGGGCAGGGAGCUCCAGGGGUCGCCGCGAAUCCCUGCUCAGUUCCGAGAAGAGGAGCUCUUUGCUAUGAAAGAGGCGCUGAAAGGUGCCAUCCAGAUUCCAACAGUGUCUUUUAGCCGUGAGGAGUCCAACACCACAGCCCUGGCUGAGUUGGGAGAAUAUAUUCAUAAAGUCUUUCCUACAGUGUUCAACACCAGCUUCAUCAAGCACGAAGUCGUGGAAAAGUAUAGCCACCUGUUCACCGUCCAAGGCUCAGAUCCCAGCUUGCAGCCCUACAUGCUGAUGGCUCACCUCGAUGUAGUGCCUGCCCCUGAAGAAGGCUGGGAAGUGCCCCCAUUCUCGGGGCUGGAGCAGGAUGGCUUCAUCCAUGGCCGGGGCACCCUGGACAACAAGAAUUCUGUGAUGGCAAUUCUGCAGGCCUUGGAUCUCCUGCUGACCAGGAACUACCAACCCCGAAGAUCUUUCUUCAUUGCACUGGGCCACGAUGAGGAGGUAUAUGGGACAAAAGGGGCUCAGAAGAUCUCAGCACUGCUACAGGCGAGGGGCGUCCAGCUGGCCUUCCUUGUGGAUGAGGGGAGCUUUAUCAUGGACGGUUUAAUUCCCAGCCUCAGCAAGCCCUUUGCCAUGAUUUCAGUCUCAGAGAAGGGUGCACUGGACCUCAUGCUGCAAGUAAACAUGACUCCAGGCCACUCUUCAGCGCCCCCAAAGGAGACGAGCAUUGGCAUCCUCUCGGCCGCUGUCAGCCGUCUGGAGCAGACACCAAUGCCAAAUAUGUUUGGAAGUGGAACAUUGAAGAAGACAUUGGAGCAACUUGCAAAUGAGUUUCCCUUCCCCGGCAAUAUACUCUUGAACAACCUAUGGCUCUUUCGGCCCCUUGUAAGCAGACUAAUGGAGAGGAAUUACAUCACCAAUGCACUGGUCAGGACCACCACAGCCCUCACCAUGUUCCAUGCAGGGAUCAAGGUAAAUGUCAUCCCUCCACUGGCCCGGGCCAUAAUCAACUUCCGAAUUCACCCUGCACAGACAGUACAUGAGGUCCUAGAACUUGUCAAGAACAUUGUGGCUGAUGACAGAGUCCAGUUUCAUGUGCUGAGAGCUUUUGACCCUUUGCCCAUCAGCCCCUCUGAUGACCAAGCCUUGGGCUACCAGCUGCUCCGACAGACCAUACAGUCCGUCUUCCCUGAAGUCAACAUUGUGACCCCUGGUAUUUGUAUUGGCAACACGGACAGCCGACACUAUGCCAACCUUACCACUGGCAUCUAUCUGUUCAACCCCAUCUACCUUCAGCCUCAGGGCUUCAGUAGCAUCCACGGGAUCAACGAGAAAAUCUCCGUCCAAGCGUACCAGACCCAGGUGAAGUUCAUCUUUGAGUUAAUCCAGAAUGCUGACGCUGACAGGAAGCAUGUUCCUCAUCUGCAUGAACUGUGAGGCAAGGCGCCAGCUGGGGUGCCCAGCCCUGAGCCAGGACUUACCCAAGGAGGAAAUCCAGUGGUGAUAAAAGUGUUGGUUAAAACCACGUUGUAACGCACAGCUCACCUGCCUGGCUUCCUCCUCCACUGAGCAGAGCACAAAGCCAGGGUGUGAGGGAAGAUGACCAGAAACUGGCCUCUCUUCUGGCAUUUGCCCUCGGGUCUCUGCUGUCUUAGGAGGCUUUGGCUAUUUAAGCCCCCUCACCCCCCGCAUGACUUCAGUGCAGAUUUGGAAAAUCCCAACCAAGUUUUCCUUAUUAAUUUAUGGCACUCUAGCUAAGAUUAUCUUCUCCGGGGUUUAUAUAUUGUUAUGUCUUCUUGACUAAUUCCUCUAUCCGAGCAGGUAGAAUAGGACUCAGUCAAAAUGAAAUGCUACCACAUUCACCACCAUAGUUGGUCUCUACAGAUGGACCUCAGGUGGGGACUUUGUGAGAAUACCAGGACUCCUGGUUCUGGAGGCUAGGGCCUGAGAAAGAAAACUGCUGUCCUUGGGCUCCUCCCAAGGGCUCCUGGGGCUUUGCUCCCUCCCCUGCCCUGUUCCUGCCACCUGCUGCUGCUGACCCACUCCAAGCACUAAUCUGUGGAACUAUUUCCCUGGCACAUCUCACGGGGUUGAACUCCCCAGGGAGAGAGACAUUUAUGACCCAGCCUCCCUGUGGAGCCCAGGACCAGCAGAGCUCUGGCCCUGACAUCAUGUCCUAGUCAGACUGACCAAGGGGAAGUGGAGGGCAUGGGGGAGCACAGCUCGAGGGGCUCUGCCCUGGCCUAGUGGGGCACAGAGAAGAGACUCCUCGAGCUAGCCUCCUUUAGGGGCCAGCACAGCUCCUGUCGUUUCUCUCUGCACUCCAACCCUGAGCAUAGUUGAGACUGCUCAGUAGCUGCCAGGUGGGGGCAUUGGGAAGCAGCAUUUCUUGGCUCAAGGCCAAGAUCUGUCCUUUGUGCAUCACAAGGGAGUCAGGGUCACAACGGGAGACACAGGGAACUGAGACUUGAGAGACUCUUUUUUCCUCACCAGUCUAGGACCUGCUAUGUCUUCUCAGGAAUUGGUAGCAGGGGCUUUCCUUGCCCUCUCCUCAAACUCUCCCUGCCCCCUCUCGCCCCUAAUUCCUUACCUCCCUCCCCUGAAUGUGAACUGUUCCUUGGAGCCCUGGCUUAAUUGUCAGUGUUAGAAACAGUGUGGGAAUUAUUCAAGCUUUUUUCUACUCCUCCUAAGAUUCACAUUCCUUCCCUCACUCUCUCUUUUUGGCCAAUUCAGUACUUAUUCAGCCUUUGUUUGAGGGCAAACUUCAGAACAAAACUCCUUCACACUUGUGCAGAGCCUACAGAGUCUUUCUUCCACCUUAUCUCUGCAGAGCCCUGUGAAGAAGCAAGCGGGUGUCACCCCUAUCUGCAGGGGUGGACUUGACUCUACAUGAAUGCUGGGGGAGGGAAUGCUGGAGGAAGGUGUCACCUGGCCCCCAAACUCACUGUUUUUCUGUGAUCCCAUAUCUCCUAUUUCCCAUUGAUUACCUUAUUUAAUCCUGUGAUUUGAAUGUGUCCCCAGAAUUCAUAUGUUGGAAACUUACUCCCCACAGUCACAUGAGAAUGAGAUUAAGGGUGGAAACUGGACUAGGCCCUCACCAGAAGGUGAGCCAAUACUCCACACCUGCCCUCUUCCCCACCACUUGAUAUUGAAGUUCCAGAAAUAUGAGCCAGAAUAAACCUUCUUUCUGUAUAACUCACCCA